AUGGCCCACAUGGAACAAUUCUUUCACGCGCCCGCUGGACCUGCCGCAGUGACUUGACUUUCAACCACGGCGCAGAUUGUCCGAUGAACUCGCUCUCACCAACCAAACUCGUUGCCGACAACCAUAGAUCCUAGACUUGCGGAGAUGGUGACUGGUUCAUCCAAAUCCACGGUGAUGGUGUAAUUAGGGGAAGAGUCUCUGAAAUUGGGACGCGAUUGAAGACCUAGUCGCCGAGUUAAAAAAAACACGUUCCGCGUUGCCAAGGGCGAUGUGGGAGGCAGCUUCCAGGAGCGGGCGGUUGUGGUUACUUGGCCCGACUAUUACUGAAAACCAGAGUUAUAGACGAUCGACAAGCUCCGUUUUUGUAUCAUGCGCCUUGAUUUUGUGAAGUCGCACAAGAGAGCUAGAACAGAGGCGACGACUUGCACGCCGGACUGCUUCAGGGCGUUAUUCGACAAAGUGUGUUGAAGACCUAGCCAGACACCAUGGGGUGCAGCAAUGGACUUACGGGGUUUCUGAAUUUGUUAACUUUCUUACUUUCCUUACCGAUCAUUGCUCUUGGGGCAUAUCUCGCGAAGACGCAUGAUUCAACUUGUAUGCGCUUCUUGCAGUAUCCGAUCAUAGUUAUUGGAGUGUUCAUGCUGCUCAUGUCCCUCGCUGGCAUGAUCGGCGCUUGGUGCGACAAGAAGUUUCUCCUACUGAUCUACCUCUUCUUUAUGUUUAUCCUGAUUGUUCUGCUCUUCUGCUUCACAAUCUUCGCAUUCGUGGUGACGAAUUCCGGCGCCGGAAGUGCGGUCUCUGGGAAAGGAUAUAAGGAGUACCGACUUGGUGAUUAUUCUAAUUGGUUGCAAAAGAGAGUCGACAAUCCAUCUACCUGGGAGAAGAUCAGAAGCUGCAUACAGGACUCUAAAGUGUGCAGCGACUUGGGCAAAAAGUACACCACAGAAACUGAUUUUAACAAAGCCUCUCUUACUCCUCUCGAGUCUGGAUGCUGCAAGCCGCCAACGGCAUGCGGUUACAAAUUCGUGACCCCCAUAGAGUGGACGGGAACUAAUUCGACUGCAGAUGCGGACUGCGGAACUUGGAAAAACACCCCUCAAGAAUGGUGUCUGGGUUGCAAUUCCUGCCGAGCUGGAGUUUUACAGAAUGUGAAGUCCAACUGGCGUAGGGUCGCCAUUGGCAACAUUAUUGUGCUGGUUUUCCUCGUCAUUGUGUAUUCCUGUGGAUGUUGUGCAUACCGAAACAAUAAGAGAUAUGACAAGGGCUAUGCGUAAGCAAACUUGAAGAGGCAGCCAACAACGCCAUGGAUAAGUGCCUUGAAAGACAAGUGGGGACUACCUGAAGUUAUUGUGAAUACAAAAGAAGGUGUUGAUGAAGACAUCAUAUACAUCUAGAACCAGAUGUACUAGACUCUUAGGGCAACGCGGAUGAUAUUCUUACUUGCAGAACUUAGAUAGGUUACCGGCUGGUUUUAGUGUUUAUUAUUUCUAGCUCUUUACUUUGCUCUCAAAAAGUUGAGAUCAUUCAGUGGUUUGAAGGUUGAUGAAAUCUUGGAGUCAAAUUCAUGCAGCACCCACAAAGGGCUGUAAGUGUUGGGACUGGUUCACAUACUGUUGCACAAGUGAAUGUUAAUUCUAUCACUUGUGCCACUACUGAGAAACCAUGAUAUAAGCUUAUUGUUUUUUUUUUUAAUUUUUUUUAAAAUUUUAAGUGUGUGUGUUACAAA